UACAGUUUGUUAAACGUCUCAGUGACCAAUGCAAUGUUUGUUGUGAUAGACAUUGCGAAAAGAGUUUUCUGUGAGUUGUCGUGCAGAGGUGACAUCUAUUGUUAACUUCCGUCUUGUAUUUUGUCACUUUUUAACAGCAAGAUAAACGUGUAAAUGUAAACGUAAUUGCAUUUGCGUAAGGAGUGGGAAUCCUUAUAAAUAACAGUUAACCGUUCUUGGCGAUUGUAAAUAUCCAAGCACACGUGCCUUCAAGACGGACUGAAUCAUUCUAAAGUCAUAAUGUCUUUGGUUAUAUAUGCUAAACUUCCUGCUCAUCUGAAGAAAACUUCAGCUGUGAAGAAAGCAGUUUUCCUUCUCGUUGCUGCCUAUGGGGUGAAGAAACUGUACCCCGUUCUCUCCGGAAAGUUAAGAGGACGGGUAGGUAAGCCACCGGGAGGGACUCUUCCACAAAACGGCGGGGCCCUUGAUGUCGAAAAAGCUAAGAAGAAGAGGAGCUCGCCGGCUGUGAACCGCGAGUUUCUGCAGCGGCUGACCCGGCUCAUUCGCAUCCUCUUCCCCCGGCUCUUCUGCAAGGAGCUGGGGUUGCUGGGCUUCCACUCCAUGGCCCUCAUCUCCCGUACCUUCCUGUCCAUCUACGUCGCCGGUCUAGACGGCAGGAUCGUCAAGACCAUCGUGAAGAAGGACCCGCAGGCUUUCGUGUGGGAGCUGACUAAGUGGCUACUGAUCGCCAUCCCCGCCACGUUUGUCAACAGCGCUAUCCGCUACUUGGAGGGCCAGCUGACUCUGGCCUUUCGCACCCGGCUAGUCACCCAUGCCUACCGCCUGUAUUUCAGCGACCAGACCUACUACCGGGUAAGCAACAUGGACGGCCGGCUGGCUAACCCCGACCAGUCGCUGACAGAGGACGUGGUGAUGUUCGCCGCCUCCGUCGCCCACCUCUACUCCAACCUCACGAAGCCCAUCCUGGACGUCGUGGUGACCUGCUACACCCUCCUCAAGGCGGCCGAAUCGAAGGGAGCCAACACCACCUGGCCGUCCGUUAUCGCGGGCAUCGUGGUGGCGCUCACGGCGAAGGUGCUGCGAGCCUUCUCCCCGCGUUUCGGCAAGCUGGUGGCCGAGGAAGCCCGCAGGAAGGGAGACCUCCGCUACAUGCACUCCCGCAUUAUCGCCAACUCGGAGGAGAUCGCUUUCUACGGGGGGCACCAGGUGGAGAUGGCCCAGCUGCAGCGGAGCUACCGGGCGCUGUCGUCCCAGAUCAACCUGAUCCUGUUCAAGCGGCUGUGGUACGUCAUGCUGGAGCAGUUCCUCAUGAAGUACGUGUGGAGCGCCUCGGGCCUCGUCAUGGUGGCCGUGCCUAUAAUCACGGCCACGGGCUACUCCAAACACGACUCGGAGGAUGUGAAGCAGGCUGCCAUGGUGAUGAAGGAGGAGGAGCUGGUGAGCGAGCGCACCCAGGCCUUCACCACAGCCCGGAACCUUCUGAAUGCUGGCGCCGACGCCGUGGAGAGGAUCAUGAGCUCCUACAAGGAGGUGACGGAGCUGGCGGGCUACACGGCGCGGGUGUACGAGAUGUUCUCCGUGUUCGAGGACGUGCGGGCGGGGGUGUACCGGCGCUCGGCGGAGGCGGAGAGUGGGGAGGCGGGGUCUGCGCAGCUGGUGCAGCACGGCACCAGGAUAGAGGGGCCGCUGGAGAUCAGAGGUCAGGUGAUCGACGUGGAGCAGGGGAUCAGCUGCGAGGACCUCCCGAUCAUCACGCCCACGGGCGACGUGGUGGUAUCCAGCCUCAACAUUAAGGUGGAGGAGGGCAUGCACCUCCUGAUCACGGGGCCGAACGGCUGUGGAAAGAGUUCCCUGUUCCGCAUCCUCAGCGGCCUCUGGCCCGUCUACAGCGGGGUGCUGCGGAAGCCACCUCCCCAAAACAUGUUCUACAUCCCGCAGAGGCCCUACAUGUCUGUAGGCACUCUGCGGGACCAGGUGAUCUACCCCGACACUCUGCAGGAGAUGAGAGCGCGAGGCUUCACUGACGAGCAGCUGGAGGGCAUCCUCAACAUCGUCAACCUGCGCUACAUCCUGGAGAGAGAGGGAGGCUGGGAUGCAGAGAGCGACUGGAAGGACGUGCUCUCCGGAGGGGAGAAGCAGCGCAUGGGCAUGGCCAGGAUGUUCUACCACAAGCCUAAGUAUGCUCUCCUCGAUGAGUGCACCAGUGCCGUGAGCAUUGAUGUGGAAGGGAAGAUUUUCGAGGCUGCAAAGGAUGCUGGGAUAGCGCUUCUCUCCAUCACCCAUCGGCCCUCGCUCUGGAAGUACCACUCUCACCUGCUGCAGUUCGACGGCGAGGGGGGCUGGCGGUUCGAGAAACUGGACGCCUCCACCCGCCUGUCCCUGCAGGACGAGAAGCUGAGGCUGGAGACUCAGCUGGCCGGAAUUCCCAAGAUGCAACAGCGUCUGGCGGAGCUGUGCCACAUCCUGGGGGAGGACAACACCCUGCCCCGCCCGGAGGAGCAGGAGGGGGAGGGGCCACUGGGGCAGGAGGAGGGGCAGGGGGAGGGGCCAGCGAAGGGGGAUGGGCAGAAAGCCGGGCUGGAGGAGUGAUUCGGGAGGCUGACGAAAUGCAAAGGGCGAGGGAAGUUGCAGUGUCCUGAGCAGAUAAUCAAGAUAAGCAAGGGGAGAAAAUAACAUAGAAAAGCGUUGAUUAGCCACACUAAUGUACACGUGAAGGCGGAGGUCGGGGGGAUCUGUUAAUGGUGACAGCGUGGGGUUUGAUGGGCUGUGCAGUGAGUCAGGGAGAGUGUACACUGUGUAAGGAGUGUAAAAUGGAGCCCCUCGUACCUUGCCCUUCUGAGAGGAGGAGGAGAAUUAGGAAGGAGGAAGCAGAAAGGGAAGGCGCCGCCCUGCACCCCUGGCUCUGUACGCUGACCAUAUGCAGGUGGGGGGAGUGCCGCUGGCACUAGCAGGUGCUCUCAGAGUUGAAAAAUGUUUUUUUUACCCCCACUCAAAAGAGGUAUUUGAAAGUUUACUCAUUGCCUUUAGUGAAACAAUUCUCUGUGGAAUUUCAGGAAAACCUGUAGUAUGCACCAUGUGUUCGUCUUGCGGAAAACGGCACUGGUGGUUGCUGACUCACGUACUGUAUUUCAGCAGUGUUUCACUCAUGUACAUGAAGUCCCUUCUGUUUCUUUUGAGGCUACUAACUGCUUGUGAAGGUUCAUGCUGAGAGCACAACAGAUUGUGUUGCCCAUAACUUUAAACUUACUGUUGCACCAGAUGGGUUGUUUUAGUGUUUUCUUUUUUUUUUUUGCUUUUAUUGUGAGACCCUGAGAUUUCAGAUGCUACCAAUGUGUAGUUCGAAUGCCACUUUUCAAUUUUAUUUCCAUUAGUUUUGAAA